AUGAAGAGUUCAUCCGAUCAACUAUGGUCUAUUACUAGUUGUCGUCUACAGAUUAUUCUUCUUCUAAUGUUUUGUUAUUUCAUUUCUUCUCUCAUUGUUGUAAACUUUGCUCUGAACUUGACUUGCAUGGUAGUCGAGCGUCCAUCAAACGCUUCUAAAGCAAUGUUGAAUCCAAAAUGUCAAAGAUCUGUAAAUCGGACUCAUCAUUCCUAUGGUGGAACAUUAAACUGGUCAAGGCAUGACGAAGAUCUUCUAUUAUCAGCAACAUCAUGGGGUUCUCUCGUUGCUCAGCUACCAUCGAUGCUGAUUUCGAGACAGUUUCAAUCCAAAAAUGUUCUAUUUGUUGUCAUCUGUCUGCAUGUAAUCUUCAAUGUUCUGAUACCAUUGUGUGCAACCCAUAUAGGUCUCAUCGCCGUGUUUUGCCUCAGAGUUUUGAUAGGAGUGGCACAUAGUUUCAUCGAUGUAGCGAUAUUUUGUUUGAUUGAUAAGUGGUUUCCUAGCAGUGAAAGGAGUACUGCAUUAGCCAUAUUCUCUAUUGGAGGACAAGUGUCUGGCAUUGUUGGAGGACCAAUCACUGCUCAAAUAUGUGCAAGUUCUCUUGGUUGGCAGGCAAACUAUUACUUAACAAGUUUCCUUGGAGCUAUUUUCUGUAUUUGUUGGUUCCUCUUUUCUGCAGAGAGUCCACAGCAAUGUAAACGUAUAAAACAAGGAGAACUCGAAUAUUUAACAGAAAAUGUGCAUGUAGAAGAAAAAACUAAGAGACCUGUACCAUAUAUACCUCUUCUGACUUCAUUAGCGACUUGGGCUCAAUUUAUAAUCCAGGUAGCAGCUGGACUCGCUCAAAGCACUACACAGUCAUACCUUCCUUCCUUUUAUAAGGAAGUAGUUCUCAUAUCUGUCAUAAUGAAUGGAUACUUCAUAGCCAUUCCUAAUGUUUUCUCAUUUAUCGUUCGAUUGUCUUGGAGCAUCGGUGUAGAUAGACUGAAGAGGAAAAGUGUUAUAUCCAAUACAUUGUCAGUGAAAGUCUCUCAAGGAAUUUCUAGUUACUGCAUGUCUAUCUUUUUCAUUGUUCUCGCUUUCUUCAUAGAUUGCACCGAUCCCUAUGCUGCUUUAAUUAUUAGUUCAUUAAUAGCUUCUUGCCAAGCAUUAGAAUCUGCCGGCUACCAAACCAAAUCUCUAACGGCCAUGUCCAUGUUCUGGGCACAGUCUGCUCGUCUAUCCACUCCAUAUAUUGUCGGAGCGUUAAGAAAAAACAACCUACAUGGAUGGAGGAAUGUCUUUCUUAUGGUUUCGAUUGUUAAUACCAUCGGAGGAACUGCAUAUCUGACUAUGGGAUCAGGCGAGGAGCAAGAAUGGGCAAAGAUCUCAGAAAACGAAGAUAAAUUCACGAAAUUAUAA